CUUCAAACAGAAUGUAGGCAUCACACAAGUAAUAAUUUUGGAUUUUACCUUAAAAUGUACAUUAACAUCAUAAAAUUACCACUAUGACCGCGGACCAAACAACUUUUACUGAGCAAUGUUUUAACAAAUAACAUGACUAACAAUUGUCUACUCUAACAUACCAUCAACCACCCGACCAACCAACCAUCCCAUCCAAACCCUAUAGAAUCCUGAAUCCAAUAGGAACCAUAUAAAAUCCUAUCGCAUAAAUGGCUUGUUGCUGUCAAUCCUGCAAAACCAAAAUCUCAUCCAGCUGCCUCGGCCGAUGCGACCUGCCAAAGCACAGAUGCCUAGAGAAGGAAGACGUCAGGCCUGGACCUAUUCCCAAACAUAUGGGAUGGAUGUACUGCGCUAAAUCUUCUCCUCGGUUUCAGCAAAGAUGUGGUUGGCGGCCCGGUCACGUUUCCUGCACAGUCCUCCGCCGAAUCGAAGCCCACAACGGCUCAAGAGAAAUCUGCGCCAUCUGCCCGUCGAGAUGCUCAAGCAGAGUUUGCUCAUCUAGAUGCCCACCCAGACUUUACUGCUCCCGUCCCUGCUCAAGACCCUGCCCCAGGCCUUGCGUUAAACCCUGCUUCCCGUCACCUUCUUGCUCUGGGCCAACUUGCCCACCUGGAAUGCCUUUAAUCAGAAUCAUAAGACACGCAGGCAAAUACAAAAUAUGCACGAAGCCUUCCAACCUCAACAAUUCGCCUUGCGGCCCCUAUCCGCUUAAAUACGUACUAAACGCCGACUCCGACACUUCUUCUACAACGAAAUUCAGUAUCGAGGCGAAAUUCAACAAUUAUCAAUAUGAUUAUACGAGUUCGCAGACUUCGUUUAUUUUAGACUUCUCUCCGCCACCGACGUGCUCCAGACCUUGCCCAAAGAGGAGUAUUUUAUGCAUGUAUGGACAGUGCGGUAAUACCUGGCCGCCGAGCACAACUGAUAAUAAUGGAUCUACGAGUACACCCCAACAAAGCGAUCCUACUAGUAGUAGUAGCGAUCCUAAUACUACUACUAAAUUCAAGUCAGCUGCCAGCACCACCCACAAAAGUGGUGUCGCAAGUGCAGACAGCUGUUGUGUGUCAGAUUACGCGACCAACACUGGCAUUCCAAAAAGAGAUGGCACUGCUGACAAUUGUGCUGCAGAUUACAAUGCCAAGACUGGUACCACCAGACGUGAUCCCAGUGCUGAUAAUUGUGCUGAAGACUACAACAAAUUCGAAAAUAAAAUAGCUACUUAG